AUGAAGGACUGUGUUCGUAAGAAUUCACCAUGCACAUAUGAUCACACACGUCAGGGGAACCCAAAACGAGGUGGGGAAAUCGCCUCUGCUGCUACCGGGGGGAAAGCCUUCCCUUUUAGCCUGUGCCCACACGAUGGCUUGAAAAAAAAACGCUUGUUCGAUUGGACAUUGGAAGACGGUCCUCCUCUUGGGACGCAGAAUAAACAACACCUGCGACUGGAGCAAGGAACUCACGCAUCAGGAGAGCAGUUACUAUGCCUUGUCCUGCUAGAGUGGCUUAUAGAACGACUGAUUGAUCGACUCAUUGACCGACUCGUCUUGCACGCACCGUCAGAAGUAAAAAAUCGCAUGAGGAACUUUCUACUCCAUUGCAUCAAAAAUGAUAUACUGUGUCUUUGUAAGCUUAUUGACGUUGCGUACCCCACAGAUAUACGAAAUUUAAGUUAUGAGGAUGGCGAAGGCAGAAUUGUUCAUCCCACAAUAGAUGAACCUCUCCAUCCUUACAAGGAAAAAGUGACCAGUGAAGACUGUACCAAUGGGGCAUGCAGCCGGGUCAGAGCGAAUAGAAUAACAAAAAGAGAGCAAAAAAAUGAUCAACUCCGUUUUCCUCAAAAGCAUCAUUCUUCCGGACCUACUUUUUCACAUCAAGCAAAAAUACGGAAACCUGAGAAAAUUAACCUCACCCUUCAUUUAUGUAUAGAACGGAAAGAAAAUACUAAUUUGGAAAAUCCUCUAACUGUUGUAAGUGCAUUUUUAAAAAAUGAAAUUAUGUCAUCGCGUCAGAAAACUGUACAGAAUAGCGACCCUCGUUUAUAUAUUCAUAGGAUGGUGCAAAAUAAAUGUCAUUUUAUUCAUGGAGCAAAAGGGAAAGGUUUGUUCUUAAAAGAGUUUCCACCAUUUAGGGGGAUGUUACACAUAAUAAUUACUCAUAAAAGGACGUCUCUUGUUUUUUAUUUAAUCGUUGGAGAGAUCUUCUUCUUCGUCUGUUGCCUUCUGAAUACGUCUCUUGCUCAAGUGAAUGGUUCGACUACUUUAUUUUUUGAAAUUUAUUUACCUUUCGGAAAUGUGUAUACAAUUAGGCAUUCGCAUGGUCUAUUUAGCUACUUAGCACAUACGUGGGAAUCGGGACUGUCUGUUUUUUCCUCUAAGGUGUGUUGGUUGGGGGGGGAUCCAGGAAGAGGCAAAGACCUCUCUUCAGUAGGAACCGACAAGAGGGAGAAAAACGGAAAAUGCGAAAAAAAUGACGACGUAAACAAUCCCAACCGAGCGAGGCAAAGAGACAAACGAGCCCGCACAAAAUUGCGAUUCACCAAAAGUAGCACUAACCACCUUGGUGAUGAACCCCAGGAGGAAUAUUCAAAGCACCCCGAUAAAACCCACAAAGUUAACAUAAACGCAGGUACAAAAAAAAGACGUGCAUCAGUUAACAGGUUGGUAGAUAGAACUGGUUCCAGGGAAAAGUCUUCCACAAAUCGGAGCCAGGACGAAACGCGCAUGAGCCAAAAUGGGGCCAAGCCGAAUAGCCCCCGUCGCACGUGCGGCAACCACAAGGGGGAUGACCAAAAUGAGGAAAACGAAAAAGAAAACGACAACGAUAAUUACAACAAGGAGGAAACUGGCAGCAGAAGAAGCGGAAACAGAAAUGGUGAUAAGCGCAGCGGAAGAAGCAACGGGGAUAGGCACAACAACGACGACAACAACAAUAACGAUAGCGACGAUGAUGGCGAUGAGGAUGGAGGUGAGGAUGGGGGUGAGGAUGGGGAAGACGAUAAGGAGGAAGACGAAAAUGACGAGGAAAAUGAUGAAGAUGAUAAGAAGAAGGCCGAAGGUGGUAAGCCAAAUGGUCAGGGCGGGAAACAGGAGGCCGGCCCAUCUGACGUUAUCGCUGAAGAGAGUGACGAACAAAAGGGCGAGCCCAACGAUACAGACGAUGCAUGUGGGAAGGCAAAGGGAAAGGAGAUAAAAUCGGAAGCAGAUGAUGUUAAAAAUGGUGCUACAGAUAUGCAGAGAGAUUCAAAUCAAGGAGACGGAAACGGUAAUAAAGAAGAUGGUGAAGGAGUCAAGGUCGACUCAGUGGACGAAGACAAGGACAAGUUAGCUGGUCAAAGUAGUGCAGGGGAGAAUCGGCCGAAUAUCAACAUGGCUGAUACUGCUGCGCAAAGGAGCAGCGAAGCGAAGAGGGCAAAUAACGAGGAAAACCAAAAUAACAUCAAAAAGAACAUCAAUGCGGAAGAAAGUAACUCCGAAGGGGAUCGCAGUGGUGGAAUGGAAUCCCACAUCAGAAGCAACUGCAGGAGCAGCAGUGGAUGCAGCGAUCAACGGAAUGACCAAACCGGGAAAGACGAAAGGGAUGAAAAGAACCUCCGAAUCAUGAACAAGAUGCUGAAAAACCUUUCGUUCAUGUCAUUCAACACGGGUUUGCUUGAAUACAAAAUAUGCGGUGUGUGCAUCUACCAGAACCCACCAUUUAUUUCCAACCGAUUGCUUCACAUUCCCUUUGCUUUAAAAAGAACCAAUGCAGACAUUAUAGCGUUGCAGGAAGUAUAUGAUGAGAAACACGUGGAGUAUUUAAAGAACCACCUGAUGCCCAAGUAUCCAUUCUAUGCGAGGGACAAUUAUUGCAGUGACGUCUUUAAGGAAAAAUUUAGCGACGUGAAUGUCGCAAGGGAGGACGGAUUCCGUGAGGGUAGUCGUCAGGAUGGCAGAGACGGCCUAUGUGGUAGAAAUGGUCCAAGUGAAAGAAGCAUCCCAUGUGGUAAAAACGGCCCAAGUGGUAAAGACUGCCCAAGUGGUAAAGACAGUCCAAGUGACAGAACAGCUAACAGUUACGAAAAUAGCAAGCGAACCGGAACAAGCGCCAACAACCCGAACGGAGGAAACAAAAAGGAACCGCGUUGCAGAAAAAAGAAAUAUUUUGCUCUUCACCACGGAUUACUUGUAUUUAGUAAGUACCCCAUUAUCUACUCCUUUUUUCACGGAUUCAAACACGUAACUUAUCUGGAACAUAUAUUCGGGACAAAAGGAUUCCUAGAAGUCGUCAUUGACGUCCCUUUUUUUAGUUACAUUACUUUGGUCAAUAUGCAUCUAGCUAGCGGUGCCGCAGACACAGAAUCUAAAUAUAUCGAACGAGUUCGAGACUUCGAAAUUAAGCAAAUUAUGGAAAUAGCUAGAAAUGCUGAGAAAAGAAAUACCAUCCCAAUAAUUAUUGGAGAUCUCAAUGCUGCUCCCAAUUUGUGUCCAAAUAAUUAUUCCUCCUUCAUUAAAAGGGGGUGGAAAGACGCUUGGCUCUAUGCUAGGAAUGUCAAAAAGAAGAAAACCAAACAACUCAUAGGGAAGGCAUUACCACGCUUGCAGAAAAAAAAGACGCGUACAAUUUCUCCCAACAGUUGCCACUCUUUCAGUCAUUUAUUCCCCAGGGUUGCUGGCACUUCUGAGGACGUGGUCAACAGGGAGGCCAAAAAGGCAGAAAGGGAAGGAAGAAAAGAAACGGUAGAAAGAAGAGAAAGAGAAGUAAGGGAAGAAACGGAAGAACAUCACCCCAGUCGUAAUGACCAAGAGGGAGUCAAAAAUAAACAUAAAGGAAAUCCACUCAGCGGCAUAACCAAUAACGAUAACGCUUACAGUAACCAUUCGGUGAAUGCAAAUAAAAGUAUCUACUUUGAGAGACCAUCCUUGGAUAAUAAAGUGCACACAAAAAAUGAUGAACUAGGUAGCAGAAGUUCCAUGCGCGUUUUCCCCAGUUUUAACAGAUCGGAAAAUAACGACAGUAUAGUUUACUCCAACUCAGGGAAAACUCUCUCUACCUUUUGCAACAUUUUAGAAUCUUAUGAUAGUAUGUAUCAUAAUGAGGCGUACACGGAGGAAAGGAAGAAAUGGAAUGUGGGUGACAACUCCGUAGAAUUCCACGCAUCGGUUUGUUUAAGCAGAGCCAAUUUCAAGAAUGACGCAAGCGAAAUGGACAAAAUGAAUAGUGCACUAAAUAAUGGUGCGUUAAAUAAACGCAGGCAAUCUAGGAAUUGCCUGCAAAGCAGAUACUCCGAAUGUGUUUCCCAUGCGAUGACUGCGCGUAGUGGGAGACGUGCAGUGACGGGCGUGCCCUCUAAGAUGUUCCUCAUUCGUAGUAAGAAAGUCACAGAAACGGUUUCAAAGACGAUCUGGAGAAGAAAAGGAAAUUUCCUUCCAGAAAGUUACAAGAGAGUGAAGCGUCAUCAUAGAAAAGGGUGCACCAGAAAAUGUCACAAAAAAGAGCAUCUUCCCCACGUCAAGCGGAUUCCAUCCAGUCGCAAAAACCAGGCACUUAAACUAGUUGACAAUAUGAGCCCGUCACAAAGGGGAAACAUUCCUCACUGUACCAUUAUCCCCAAUUCGAGCACUGCCAAUGGGAAAGAUAACCCUUCAGAUGUAAUUCCAGAGCGAAAGGGGGAAACACAGCUGCACACUGACGAAAUGCAUUAUGGACAGAUGUCCCCCCUGAGUACUAGGGCAGAUCAUGUGGUAGAUCAUCAAAAAGGAGACCACGAUCUGUUAGAAAGUAUCCUCCACGUGAGCAAAACACAAGAUGACCUUUUUAACCCUCCCACGGGGGAGGAAAAUGGCCCCAACUGCUGCGCAGAUAAGAGAGACAAAGGAGAGAAAAAGGAAAGACAAAGGAAUGUGCAAAGUUGCUCCACCGGUGAUGUGUUCAUAAAGGAAGAUAAAAUCGGCAGUAGCAUUGUAACACAGAAAUGCACUCUACGUAGCAAGAUCGAUGGAGACAAAUUGAAGAUCCACAGGGAGGAAGACGAAUACCAUGCCGCAACAAAUUUACACCACCAUUAUAACAGCGACCAUAAUUUAUUCUCCAGUGACAUAUCAAGUGAGAGCAACCACUCGUAUACGGAUCUGUAUGAUGAUGAGGAAGAGGCCAACUGGUUCAGUGACCGAAGUUCCAAUGUGUCAAGGAAUGACCUACAUGAUAGAACCGAAGUGGCUGUUCCACUCGAGGCGGAGCCCAGUGGGAUGAUCUACUGCAUGAAAGAAGAGGGAUUCACAAAUGGAGACACUACGGAAAAGGCACCAGAGACAAUAAAAGAACUUGACACUUCGGGAAGUAACCAAUUGACUGAUAAAAAGUGCGCAAACGGAGAAGACAAAAUUAUGACACACUGUAUAUCAUCUCCAGAAAUGGGAGAAUACUGCAGAGGAGAGGAAAACACUCCCCAGUUUCAUCCUAAAGAAACUGCCCAGGUAGGUAUGUCCAAUGAGAAGGGUGAUGACAACACCUCCACCCAUGCUCAAAUGCAAAGAGAAGAAGACUCCAAGCUGAGUGUCACAACCACUUUCUAUAAAAAUCAGUUAAGUGGUCAUAAAGAAAAAGUACGAAAUGUGCAUGAUAACUGUGAAGACAAAUUGAAGAUAGAAAAUCUUUGUAGCGCUUUCUUGAACGAAGAAUUGGCGAGGGGGAGGGAGACCCACAAGGAACCCCCACUGCUGAGUGAAGUAGGCACAAGAAGGGACGGCAAUGACUGGAAUGUUACAUAUGCUAUCGGAAAGAACGAUGCAAAGGGAAACAGCUGCAACGAUCAGAUGGAAAGCCCACCAUACACAAGUACCCAACCCGCUGAAGAAAACGCCAAUAUCAAUACGAACGAAAAGAAGAAAAAGAUUAGUAAGCUAGCCAAGAAAAUAAAACAAAUGAAAAAGAAACUCUUUUAUAACAUUCUGAGGAAUUAUGAGAAGAACCAUGAUGGCGGGGUUAAAAAAAGGACGCCCCUGAAGGGCAAACAAGGUGAGCCGCAGAUGGCGAAGCAUGAGAGAGAAGAAGGCAACUUAUUUACUCUAGAAGACGUCAAGCAAAAGGCCGAAAGAAACCAUCAUAUCAUUGCUUCCCUCAAUGAAAGGGAGCGCACCGUGAAGGAAUCCAACUGCAAAGGAGAAGUAAUCCCAGCGGAAGAUCACUCACUCAGAAUUGACGUAUCCGAGGCACUAAAAAACCAAGUAACAAAUGAGAAAGGGAAAAAUAAGAGCAGCAAGUUCCUGCACUUCACCAAAAAAUGGUACAACAGUAGAACCCAAGAAACUCUCAAAAAAGACAUCUUCUAUUUCAUUAAGAAGUUAAAAUUUAAAGCGACAAACAAAUUAAAGCAGAAGUUUUGUAUAUGCGCAAAGAAUGUAAAGGACAAUCUAAGUGAAGGAAAGAAACUUGUGCUAAUGGAGAAGGAACAGAAAGGUGAACUUCAACAGUUUCACAACAAAUGCCCCUUCGUCCAGAAUAAUUCGGACCUCCCAAGGUCCUUCAGUAGCAUAAAACUGGCAGACGAUUUUAUAAAAAUGUGUGAGUGUACUCCCAUGUCUAAAAAGGAAAAGAACCAAAGGGGUAGAAAUUAUAAUCAAGGAGACGCACGAACUAAGGAGGGUCCAGAAAAUUCCCCAAAGAGCAAAAAAUAUUUCAUUUUUAAAAGAAGGCAGAAAGAGGAGAAGGAUAGAAAUCACAUAGUGGAGAAUAUGAGUGAAGGCAGGAUCCUCCUCGAUGACCAUAACUGUGUGAGUCCCAAUCGAAAUGCGUCUAAAAAUAAAAAAUGUACACAUGGGGGCAGCCCGGUAGGCGGCGGAGAACCCAACCAGGGACAGUUGCACAACAAAAUGAACCUUAAUAUGAAAAAUAAAAGCUUUCUUAAUUUGACAAGCGAAGAAAACAUUUCUAGUGACGAAUAUACGUGGGAUCCCCUAAACCCGCUGAAUGUCCUCGGGCCCCAUUCCAGAUGUAACGGACUGAGAUGCGAUUAUAUUUUCUUUCCUCCCAUCAGUUACAACAACGGAAAGGGUGCAAAGGGGGGAAAGAACGUCACGGCUGAAAAAGGGAAUGUUGACCAAAAGGGCAAGCCAAGUGCAGCAGAAAAGACGGAUGAGGCAUACAAAAUGGGUGCCAUUAAAUCCCAGCCAUGUGUAGACAGAACUAAAAUGCCUAACGAUGAACAACUCGUGAUGGGUCGCGAAAAAGCCCAAGAGGGAUCAAACAUGCCCUUUGAUCCAGUUGGUGCCAAUCGCGAAACUCAGAAGUGCUCCAAUUCCGUUUGGAACACGCAGAAUUAUGUCUUAACCCAGACACACAACAAGAGGGGCAGAAAGGAUGACCACCAGGCGAAGGGGAAGAGAUACGAAGAAGCUCUCGAUCUAAAAAAAUAUAACGACCUCAAAAUUUUGAAGCAUUACUAUAUUAAGAGUGCCAAGAUACUUUUUAACGAACCCUCCGUCAUGGUCCACACGUACAAGAGUUCCAAAAACUUCAAUUGCUGCUAUUCCUUUUGUAUGAAAAUAAAGAAUGUCCAUUUCGUGACAAUGUCUGACCAUUAUGCUAUUAAGAUAGAUUUGAGACUAAAAAAGAAUCACAAGUUUGUUCGGAACAGCUAG